AUGCAGAAAAUUAGGCUUUCCAGCUCCGAUGGGGAGAUUUUCGACGUCGACUUGGAAAUCGCGAAGCAAUCCAUGACAAUAAAAAUUAUGUUGGACGCUUUGGGCGUGGACGCUGAAGAAGAUGAGGAACCCGUGCCGUUGCCAAAUGUCACUGCAGCCAUUCUUCAGAAGGUACUGCAAUGGUGCACCUACCACAAGGACGACCCUCCUCAGCAGGAGGAUGAUGAAAACAAGGAGCGCAGGACUGAUGACAUUUCCAGCUGGGACCAGGAGUUCCUCCGGGUUGACCAAGGUACUCUCUUCGAGCUGAUCUUGGCUGCAAAUUACCUGGAAAUCAAAGGCCUCCUGGAUGUCUGCUGCAAAUCAGUCGCCAAUAUGAUCAAGGGAAAAUCACCAGAGGAGUUGCGGAAAAUUUUCAAUAUUAAGUGUGAUUUCACACCUCAGGAAGAAGAACAGUUCGACAAAGAAGACAAACUUGGUGACUUACGCUGCAUUAUCGUGAAUGUAGACUCACGCAGUAUCUACCUAACCCUCUCCUCACUGCCCUACCUGUGCCAGGUGCCAAGAUAA